UUGGCAGGGGCCAUUACUCUGCUUUAGACAGAAAUGCAGGACAAAACAUGAAGCCUUGAGAGAGAAUCUCGAGUCAGCAGAGUCGCUUCUUUCUGAAAUGCUUCGUGCCAGUGCAUCCAACUUUAUUGCUGGUGCAUGUGUUUUGGGGGGCAAUUAAUAGUGCCUGCAAGCUUGUUAAAAGGCCCAGUGGCAACUUGCACAUUUUAGCCUUUUGUAGAUAAGCAUGUCCUUCUUCUGCUGUUGUCACCGGCUCCCAGGUACUUCAGGAGAGAGGGAACCUCUUACUGCGCAGUACACAAGGCAACCCUCUCAAAACACUGGUGUCUGCAGUAAGGAGGGAACCCUUGCCAUGAAAGUGGUAAAUGUGCUCGAGAUUGACACACUGUUUUCAGAUAUCGCUGAAACUUUCAACAAGCAAUACGGGGAUCACUCUGCCAUGGAGGAAGCUAUCCGAAGGCUGAAAGAGGCUUCUGGCUGUGCUCCUACUAGCAGCCUGACCGACUGUAUAGACAAUAUAAAGCGGGAACAUGGUGCCUGCAAUUUGCAGGUGCACAUGGACGGCUAUAGCUUUUCACUCAUUGUAAAGGAGAAAGAAGUGCCUGCAGACCUGGAGCAGGCCCAACAGCAGGUGUGGGAACUGAAUCGUGCCACAAAGCAUGUCAUUGCUACAGAAACAAAACUCCAGGAAAUGAUCUGUUCAGUGCUUCAGAGCCAGAGUCAGCUGGCAGAGAGAAUGAAGGCUGAAAACCCAGAGUACCUGGACCAGGUACGGCUAGACGCUAAUCUGAGAGAGAAUAUCCAGACCGUGAGCCAGGCCAAAGAGCUCUCCAAGCAGUACGGCAAAGAUGCCAGCAGCGUGCUGAAAGAAAUGGCCCACCUAGCUGGUCUGAUCCUGUAAAACGUUCAAAAGUAAGGAUCCAGCUGGUAUUUAUACCUUCCCCUUUGUACCUAAAGUUUACAGAGUGCUGAAGAGCACAUCUUGGUACAGCCAUGAUUAUCUGGGCAAUGCAUAGGUAGUUGUACUAGGUCUGGUUUAUUUAGCCAAGGAACCUGAAUCAGGAGAGUAGGAUUUCUUCUCAAGAGGCUGAAGUGAUGGACAAAAAGUAUGUCCUCCUGUUCAUCUGCCAAGCACUCAAGCCCUCUUGCAGGGUUUCAGCCAACCAUCACCUCCAGUGCCUCUUAAAUAUCUGCAGAACCAGAGAAGUACAAAGUAAUGAGAGCUAGGCCAGAAUGUAGCCCAGAGACCAUAUGUGGCUUAUCUAAAGCCACUUAGACAAAACAGCUUAUAUAAGAAUUCAGAAGUCCCACCCCUAUUUUCUAGGUUCAACAAAGCUGUCUUCCAAACCAAAAGCAUUCCCUCAUGUUAAAACCAGGUGCUCAGACCAAGGCUUAAAAGUUCCCUUUGAAGCAAUAAAGAUCUACUUUGCAUUGCUUCUUAGAACUAUGGAAAGGAAAUAUGAUUAAUUGUGCCAUCAGAAGCUGCUCUUCCCCUGCUUCUAAUCUUGACAUUUCUCGAGGGCUUUCAUUGAGACAGAGAUUCACAUAUUACUGAAACCACAUGGGUGUCUUGCACUUUGGGAUUGAGAUGCAUAAAUACAGCUCUGGAGUGAUGGAAUAGCAGGAGUUGGUGCAGAUUAGGAUAAAGGUGCAUUGCAUGGAGGCAGCAAGGGAAGUGAAGCAGGAGUAGGACAGCAAGAGUACUAUGCUUUGGGUAUGAGGUGUAUUAUCUCAUGCUAGGAUAGCAUGGGGGCCACAAAUUUGGACUGAAGUGCAUCAAAAAAACCAUGAUGAUGACUUAAUGUUGGAACAACAUGGUUAUGUAUGCUUCAAAUCCAGAUUGAGAGGCAUCUGCCAGCCUGAAUGUGUUUGUAUUAUACUUAAUCACAGCUAGUGCCAUUAAUCUGCUUACUACAGACACCCUAGGUGAAUUCAAAUUGCAGCGUGCAAAUACCAGGGUGCUUGCCAUCAAGAAGGCGAAGGGGAGUCUACUGAACACUUAGCAGUGAUGUUUCAUCCCUUUGAAGACCAAUUGGAUUACACCUGAAUUGUCUUGCACACCUUCAACUGAGCCUUGAGGCUUAAGUCGACCAAGAGAAUUCAAUUUUUCUAUAAUUCUUUAGACCACAAAGCUACUCACUAAUACCAAGAAGAAAGUGGGCCUGUUGGGAGC